AUGACAAGCUCUGUGGACCCAGACAACACCGGCUACUUGUCGUGCAAGCGCUGUUUCAACGCGACGGAGCGCGCGGGGACCUGUGCGCUCGAUGUCAUGCUGUCGUCGAGCAAUGCAUGGGUCUGGAAGCAGCAGGGCUCCUGUAUGUUUGCCGGGAAUUUCGACAGGCCAUACCAUGCACCAUUGAACGACUGGCCGGUAUACCCGAAUUCCCCGCAUAGGGCGAAUGCGACGUGGAUAGAGCGCAUCCGUGUGUCCGACAGUGAUGGGAAAUUAGCCUUCACAAACGCAAUUACCGAGAGUGUCGCAGAGGCUGUCACUUGCUCCAGUAGCAUCCAUCACCUGCAAAGCAGGAUACGGGAGCGCCGAAGGGAAAUCCACCAGAACGGAUAUCAGCACUGCGGUGCGACCAUGAUAUACUUGAAACUGAGCGACAAGGCAGUCGCGAGCGACAAUCCUCCAAAAUCCCAGCUCGAGGUACUGGAUACACAGCUGACCGUGCUCUGCCUUGUAUUACAUCAAGCCCACGUCUUCAGACUGGAUUCUUAUGUCAAGGAUCUCCAAUUUGGUGUCGGGGAUAACGAUAUCCUCCGACUUGAACAUCCCCGUACCUUGACAUAG